AUGGCAAAAAGGAAACGUAGCGAGGUGAAACGCCAAGUGGACAAAGCUCGUUCCACAGCGGAGUGGGUUGCUCUCGGUUACUCAAACGGUGCUGUUACCGUGGUGACCCAGGUGGUGCUGUCCAGACUGAGAGCUGAGCACAGUCUGUCCUCCCUGGGAGUCCAGGUCUGCCUGUGCCGGCCGGUCUCCAGAGCCAGACUGUGUCCGCUCAGUCUGUAUCUGGGGGUACUGGCCCAGUUCUGCUCGGCAGCCGUUGUUGGGGAUGUGUCUCCUCAGGUUGACAGUCAGAGCCCAGGUGUGACAGAAACUGUGCAGGAGAUCCAGGUGUUGCUGCAGGCCUUCUUUAGUAGGGGACAGCAGAACUACAUCAUCAGCGAGCGCGUGACAGCAGCCUUCCCGUCCACAGUAGUACGCUCCGUGUCCUCGCGCUCGCACGGUGUGAUCUCACUGUCCGCUGCCCGCACGAGGCUGGCUGCCGGCACGACCCGCAGCUCGAGCCGCACAGCGCGAUUUAAAAACACAGCUAACGGUCGGAAGAGGCGCGAGGCGGACAGCCCAGCUCAAAACACACAUGUCUCGGCUGUGGGUGAGUGUCUGCCCAUAACCAGACUGAAGCUGGGGAAGUUAAAGGUGGUGCGGCGGCAGCUGCUGCAAAGGUAUGAACACCAGCCAUUUGUCUCCUGUCUGGCCGGCCUCUAUGGUUGCCAAUGGAGACGCUAUCAAAGAGCCAGAGCACAGCCAGGGGAGUGCUGCUGCAGCAAGGUGGAGUGUGGCAGUUUUGGCCUCCUGAUCCUCACCUUCUUCUUGAGUUUUGUCUUCCUCUACUUCUGGAGCGAAGCUCAAAAUGACUACAAUGACUUUGACUGGUUUAACUUUGGGACUCUGGGCUUCUGGUUCCCCUGGUCUCUUGUUAUACUGGUCGUCGCUGCAGCUCUCUUCACCUAUAUCGCCCUGCUGCUGGUGUUGGCAGUGUGUCUACUGUCUGAGGGACAGAGGCUGUAUCUUCACUGGAGCCACAAGAUUGGCAUCGUGGUGACGUUGGUGUUUUCCGUUGCGGCCACUGCCGUCCUGUCUGACCUCUGGAGCAAAGAAUGGAAAACCCUUCUCCUCUCCCUGCAGGUGACAGCCCCCUUCCUCCAUGUGGCUGCAGUCUUGCUAAUGACCCUCCUGUCCUGGCCAAUAGCUUUGCAUUUCUUCCGCAUGAACAAAAGAGUGCUUCAGGUGGUCGUCCUGGGUCUGUACCUGUCAGUGCUCUUCUCCCUCUACCUGGUUCCCCUGGGAAUGUACUCCCCCUGCAUUAAAGAGGCAGGAACGCUGGGUCCCGCCCCUGCACUCAUCGGACACCGAGGGGCGCCAAUGCUUGCUCCAGAAAAUACUGUGAUGUCGUUUGAAAAAGCAGUGGAAGCUGGAGGAGAGGGGCUAGAGACUGACGUUACCAUCAGUUACGAUGGUGUUCCUUUCCUGAUGCACGACUCCACUCUGAUGAGAACCACCAACGUCGCUGAGGUUUUCCCCAACCGCACACACACCGACGCCUCCAUGUUCACCUGGGCCGAGCUACAGCAGCUGAACGCCGGGGACUGGUUCCUAUUGAGGGACCCAUUCGGCAUGGUGUCGUCCCUGUCUGAGGCGGACCGCUCGCAGGCCCUGAACCAGUCAGUCCCCUCGCUGGCUCAGUUCCUGGAGGUGGCGGCUCACAGUGGCAGGCUGGUGCUGUUUGACCUGCGCAGGCCACCGUACGGACACCCCUACAGCCAGUCGUACAUCAGCACCACCCUGCAGGUGGUGCAGACGCACAUCAACUCCUCACAGGUGCUGUGGCUGCCAUCUGAGGACCGGGAGCUCGUCCAGGCUCUGGAUCCAGAGCUGCAGCAGACGUCUGGAGAAAAAGCCUCCAUACAGGAACUGACAGACAACCACAUCACCAAGCUGAACCUGCACUACAGCACCAUGUCACAGCAACAGAUCCGUAAGUACUGGUCGGUGAACAUCAGUACCAACCUGUAUGUGAUCAGUCAGCCGUGGCUCUACUCUCUGGCGUGGUGUGCCGGCGCUCAGUCCGUCACCACAAACUCCGUCCACGUGCUGUCCGGCCUCAGCAAGCCGCUCUUCCUCAUGACUCCAGAAGAAUACAGUUUGAUGUGGAUUCUGACUGAUGCAGUAUCUGCCUUACUCAUCAUUGGCAUUUUUGUAUUCCACUGGUGGAGAGAGAGAGGCCUGCCCUUCUGGUCAGGCAGCCGGCAGACACAUGAGAAUGGACCUUACAGCAAGUUCAGGACUGAGCUGAGUGACGUGUGGUCCAUCUCCAGCGUCAGUGUCCGCCCAGAUUUACGGAGCACGCCCAGUUCACCCUGCACCCCUCACCUGCCCACCAUCACAGAGGAGUGACCGAGAGAGAGAGAGAGACCGAGAGAGAGAGAGAGAGACCGAGAGAGAGAGAGACAGAGACAGAGAGAGAGAGAAAAAGAGAGAGAGAGAGAGAGCACGAAAGAAAGGUACAGACAGAGCAUAACGAUUGAGAGAGGGAGGAAGAAAGAUGCAGUAGGUAUGUAUAAAGAGAGAAGAAAGUAGAAGUCAGAGAAAGGAAAUGUUAAGGUGAGAAAGUCUAAAUUCUGCAAAUGCUUAUGAAUCAGGAGAGUGUGAAUGUAACAGAAAACAUAACAGUUAAACUGAACAGGAUGAGGAAAGGAAAGAAGAGGCGCGCUCUGUCGUUUCUUUCUACUCCCUCUCUGUCUCCGUUGUUUCCUCGGCCUGAGGACGGACCUCCUGAGGGGAUUGAGCUGCUAAAACAAGCCUGGUUCACUGAGCGCCCAUCGGGGACGGUGCGCAGGGACUUUGCCCACUGGCCCGGUAGCAGUGUUUGGUUGCCAUUUCCACUCCAUGUCUCCUAGAUGCCCUUCAAAUUCUGGGUAGCGUGGACAAUUUAACACUCACCCAGAACAGAAAAAUAACCACUGGCUGGCAUGUUGUUGAAACAACCUGGUUAUCGCUUGUUAACGUCGACAACACCAGCUGAGGACAUUCAAAGAUACCAAACUUGACGAAGACAAAGACAAGAAGACAAGAAGGCAAAACUGAGAAAAAGGAAAAAACAGACUGUGGGGGAGCGUAAGAGAAUAAAUAUAUACUGUGUUGUAGUGGUGCGAGUCGCUUUCACUCAUUCCUGUCAGUAGUCUUUUUGGAAGGAUGCUAAAUGGUUGCUGCCGCCUGGCACAGACUGUAGUUAAGGCAAAACAGUGAAAGCCAAAUGUUUUCUGAGUCGCUACCUGAGAUUCUCCUGAUCUAAUGUCCGACUCAGUCACGCCCCCUCUGGUGAAAAAUGGAACUUUGAAGCAGGAGCCAUCAGGAGUACUUCCUGUGUGGUCUAUAUUUUUUAGUUUCAGCUGUGCAGACAUCAGCUGCUUUAGAGGAAACCUUGAACCAUGUCUUAAAUUGUGUGUGUGUGUCUGACUUGUUGGGUACAGUGUUUAAGACAUGAACUGUACACUGUCAGACUGAAUGAAUGUAAACCUGAGACCUGAGAGGGUUUUAAUUGUUAGUCCCUAUUUCUGUUUGUAUUUCAGUGAAUGUAUUAUCAAGCAGGGCCAUGUUUCUCAAAAGCAUAUGAGUGUAAAGGUUGUUUUCGUUGCUCCCUGCACCAGGACGGGAUCGUGCCGCUGAAAGUCACAGGUUUGGAUUUCAGCGUCUGCCUCCAGCCUCCUGGCUUGAACAGUCAUGGCUGUGCUCACAGCACCACACAGCCACAAAAGCUGAAUUCAAGCUGUCUUAUGUCUUACAAAUGGGAAGUGUCACACUCAACUGUUGGAGAGGAGGCAUUUCAAUUUGGCUGUGACUGUGUGCCAAAUGUCGUAUCAGCCGCUUUACAGAAAGAAGAGAUGCUUUUGAGAAGCUCGACCUUGUGCUGCUCUUGCAUGGCAGUGAAUACAGCAUCUUCUGCCUCCUCUGCUAUUGCACACAUACACACAGUGCUACCUUUGGUCUGCUUGGAACUGUGGUUUCAGCUUUCAAAUCCAAAAUACAUGGUCCUCACACUAUGAUUUCAGGUGUGAAAUUCAGUAAACGUCGUCUUAGCUUAUCCUGUGUUGCAGGUUUGCAAUCCUCAGUGUCCUGUAGUGUCCCAGAUUCUCUGAGGUGUUUUUACGGCUUGCUGUGACCGAAGUAGAGAGAAGUGCCAUUGAGACAGACUCUGGCUUUGUUUUCAGUAGUCAGAGUCAGCAUCACUUUAUUCACAAAGUACAAUAGUUGUACAUGAAUGAAUGUCAGGAAUUUUCUGUCUGAAACUCCUAGAACUGGAGGAUUUUGUGACUGGAAUAGUUUUCAGCUUUGCUAAAUGAGUGAGAGGAUCCUGGAGGAUUGAGUCCUUAAGACUUGAGGUCCGGUCUUCUUGAUGUGGCCCCGACACUUCUCUUUAGUCCCUUUAGGUUUACCUUAGAAUCAGGAUUUCCUGGUCUUGGUCAGUCCUGAAUGUGACCGAGGUGCUGCUGAUCACAGCUCAGGUGAAAACGAAGCCAGGGUCAGCAAGCCGUCUCUCCACCGCAGAGAGAAGAAUCUGAGGGUGGAAAAUGCAUUUUCUGGACUAUUUCUGUUACUGUAGAAAACUGUACAGCUUAACAAGAUCUCUGAAUAAGAUUGUUCUCUGUAUUCUCAGUAUUCUUAUCAAUGUGUUCAGCAGUGCUAAUGCUAUGCAGAACCACCGACUGAAGUGUUUGGUCAUUACAUUUGAACCACAGGAAUGUUGGUGACACAGUCCUGCUGCUUGGUUGUUGUUGUUAAGUAUCUGCUGUUUCUAUGCCAGUUGAUUUUUAAAAUGUAAGGCAUCUUACUAUAGAAAUGUUAUAGGGAGUUUGUUCCAAACUUAAUUCUGCAGAGGGGACAGCCAAAUGAAAAACAACCAGGCCAAACUGGCUCUAUCAGUGACUUGGGCCGCACGGACAAAAAACAAAGUCCCGUCUUGACCGCGUCACCGUAACCAAGCAACUUCAUGUUCUGUACUGUACCACCAACCAGUGACGAGCAUACCGUGACACUGUCUUCGCUCCAGCAGAGUCGACUGCAGCUGAUCUGCCGGUGCCGGCUACAGAUACCAAUCAUCACAAGGUAGACAAAGCAGAAAAUACAUGGAGACAAUCUGUGAUAUUCUGAGGAAACCAACGUUAAACACACCAAAUACAGAGCAGCCAAAGGCGGUUACAUCUAGGUCUUCAUGUCGGCCAAUCAAACGUUUGCCUCAGGCUGACGCACCAAACGACUGGCUGCAUGCAAGAUCUUUCUGUUCCUCAGUAAAGAGCAGGGUCUUAGUUAGUUGUUGUGUUUCUCAGCACCGUCAUCUUCGGUAUGACACACCUGGCUUUGCUGUCUUGAUGCCUGCGAGAAUGCGCUAGAUAAAAGUGAUUUUUUUGUUGUUCUUCUUUCCCAGGGGACGUGUGCAAGGCCGGUGCCCUCGUUAACUUGUUAAAUGGAGUUAGUUAAUUUCACUCCUCUAGUAGAAGUAAAUAUCCUUUGUUCAAAUCAAGAGAGCGCCUUUGAUUUGGCUUCUAUUAGUAGUGUGACUGUCUGUCAUGCUAGCAAAAGCUGGACUCAGAGUUUGAGACUGGGAAGUGGACUCACCCAGUCUGGAACCUGGUCCCGGCUAACACCUUGUGCCAUGAGUGUUUAGUAGACUGGCUUGUACAUUGAGACCAACUGGCUGCAGUUACGCUUCUCGUUUCAAUGUGACACGCUGGGAUAAAUUAACUGGCAGUGUUUUUGUUCAUAAUGCAACCAAAUCCUCAAAACUAGAUAGUGCAUAUUGAAUUAGGGCUCAGUCUUAAUUUGUGGAAAUGUGAGAAGCUGGAGAGGGAGGGAAGAGAAAAGUAGUGCAAACAUGUUAAAAAGAAAACAGUGAUGUGAUGUGUAACAGUUAUUUUCAGUCCAAAACAUGAUUUCAUGAAAUCUGAUCGUCUGAUUCAGAGCUGAAAAAUCCUGUUGAAAUGACAAGAGUAGCCGUAGCCGCUAACAUCACCUGUGAGCUGCACACAGGCCCUCGUUACCAGCGCUGUAUAAAUGCUCAACAUCGCCACUGAAUAACCAACACCAGUACUUGGUGCUGAGGAGGAAAAAAUAAAAAAUAAAAUAAAAUAAAAAAAACACCAUAGGG